AUGGAUGAAGGCACAGAAGUCUCCACUGAUGGAAAUUCCCUGAUCAAAGCUGUCCAUCAGAGCCGGCUUCGCCUCACAAGACUUUUGCUCGAAGGUGGUGCUUACAUCAACGAGAGCAAUGACCGUGGCGAAACACCUUUAAUGAUUGCUUGUAAGACCAAACACAUUGACCAGCAGAGCGUUGGUAGAGCCAAGAUGGUUAAAUACCUUCUAGAGAACAGUGCUGACCCCAACAUCCAGGACAAAUCUGGGAAAAGCGCUCUGAUGCACGCAUGCUUGGAAAGAGCGGGCCCGGAAGUGGUUUCCUUGCUGCUCAAGAGUGGGGCUGACCUCAGCUUGCAGGACCAUUCUGGCUACUCAGCUCUGGUGUAUGCUAUAAAUGCAGAAGACAGAGAUACCCUCAAAGUCCUCCUUAGUGCUUGCCAGGCGAAAGGAAAAGAGGUCAUUAUCAUAACCACAGCAAAGUCACCCUCUGGGAGGCAUACCACCCAGCAGUACCUCAACAUGCCUCCCGCAGACAUGGAUGAGAGCCAUCCGCCAGCCACGCCUUCAGAAAUUGACAUCAAGACAGCCUCCUUGCCACUCUCAUGUUCUUCAGAGACGGACCUGACACUUUUUGGCUUUAAAGAUAAGGCAUUUUCUGGAAGCAGUGAUACUACCUGGGACCCAGACUCUCCUCGGCAGAAGCCUGUGAUGACCACCAACGGGCCCAAAUUAUCCCAAGCUGGUCCAGCCUGGAUCAAGAGUCCCCCAUCAUUAAAGCACCAGGCCAGAGUGGCCUCCUUGCAAGAGGAGCUCCAAGAUAUCACUCCAGAGGAAGAAAUAGCCUACAAAACCACCGCGCUGGCACUGUCUAAGCGAUUCAUCACUAGACACCAGAGCAUUGACGUAAAAGACACGGCACACUUACUAAGGGCCUUUGACCAGGCUAACUCCAGGAAGAUGUCAUAUGAUGAAAUAAAUUACCAUUCUUUGUUUCCAGAAGGAAACCAGCCAUGCAUAGAAAUUCCCAAUGACCAGGACCCAGACUCUAACCAGACCCUAUUUGCCUCCACUUUAAAAAGUAUAGUUCAAAAGCGAAACUCAGGGGCCAAUCACUAUAGCUCCGAUUCUCAGCUCUCAGAGGGUAUUACUCCUCCAAACUUAGAAGACGGCAAAGCAGGAAAGAAAAAAAUCUUCGCUCCAUCUCCUUCCUUGCUAACAGGGUCCAAAGAAGUAAUGGAGACUGUCCCUCCGGGCGCCCUGAGCAGGAGGAACCAUGCAGUUUUAGAAAGGCGAGGCUCUGGGGCUUUCCCCAUUGAUCACAGCCUCGUGCAGAGCAGACCCGGGUUUCUGCCACCCUUAAAUGUAAAUCCUCACCCUCCCAUCACAGAUGUCGGUGUCAACAACAAGAUCUGCAGCCUGCUUUCCUGUGGCCAAAAAGUGCUUAUGCCAACGGUUCCUGGUUUCCCGAAGGAAUUCAAAAGCAAAAAAAUGUUGUUGAGGAGGCAGUCACUGCAGACAGAACAAAUUAAGCAAUUAGUAAAUUUUUAA